UAACCGACUAAUGGCAUUGUAGAUGGUUUCCUUGACAACCACCCCCUGGCUGCCUUGUCCAUUCAGAUUUUUGUUUUCUCGAACAGGCAUCCUUCCGCACUUGUUCAACCAUCCCGUCGCCUCCCUGUGAAGGAAGCAAAAUCAUUGUCGACCAUAACAUCUUUUACGAGACUGUGCUACUGAGUGUAACAGAGACCGGCCAGAUGGUGGACGGCCUGGUCAGACCUCAACAUGGCGCCAGCAACCGAGACGGUAGAAGACUUGAAGAAGCUCAUCGGUCUUCUUACCGAAAAUGCUAUCAAAAAACGGGGUAAUGCUGUCAAGACAUUAAUAUCGUACUUCAAGAGCGACGAAAAAGGCUCCCAGGCCGAAAGUCAGGGCCAAAAACUCUUUGAUGACAAGAUAUAUCAUGCCGUCUAUGAAGCCCUCUUCGGCUGCACCCGUAUCGAAAAGGAAGCCUACUUCAUCGGCAAAAAGUCGCUGAAAACCACCGACAGAAUACGCGAUGCCUGCGUUAAAAGACUCGAGAACUGCGCCGAAGCACUCCGUCUAGCUGUUCAACAUGGUGCCUCCAAGGUCAAAAGGAAAACAGCAAGGGCCAUCGUCGAUCAUAUCACGCAAACUCUUCUAGAUUCCGACGAGAACUUCUUCGAACCCCUACUCAAGGGAUACGUCAAGGCGUUGAGCGCCUUAUUGAACGUCCCAGCCAAUGUCGAAACCCUAGCUACUUUCAAGCCGAAGGACGAGGGCGAAGGAUGGAAGGACAAGGGCGAAGGAUGGGAGGUUUCGAUUGACUUUUGCCUGAAUGCUCUCUCCCGCUUUUUAGAGGCUGCCGAACGCGACUUGGGCACUUCAUCCCGCGCUUCCCCAGCCCCGGGAGCACCUGCUACCUCAAGAGCAGGCUCAGUUGGACUCUUUUCCGCACAUGGCCAAGUAAAUGGCCAACUGGCCCUCGACUUCUUGACAUGUGUCAAGGCACUCACGUCGGCGUCAAAUGCUCCAGUUCUGAGGAGAGCAGAAAGGGUCUCUCAACUUGUGCUUCGCGUGCUCACCCUUCGUCAGAUCAAGGUAGGCGAGCUACAAAGGGAGUCCUUUUCCAUACUUAACAACAUCUUGGUGCGGGUACAAACCGAGGACAUAGCUUUGGCCAAGACAAUAGCCACGGCACUGGUCCCAGUGUUAUCGCACUGCUGGCAACCUCGGUCCCUAUCUCGAGAUGCCAUGUUGAAUUCCAUUAGGGAUGAGAUGCUCAAGACCCUAUACGGAGUACACUUGUACUUGGAGAGUUUGCUUCGGGAGGCAACGGAUGAUAUGCUCUUGCAAGAUACCGAAGAUUUGCUCGACUCGUUAUGGUCCGAGUACUCUAGGCGCGAUGACAAGACCCGCCUUCAGCUCGAGGACGUCACCUUCUCAACCAUGCAACUGCCCCCAGAUCACCCAUCGACUAUGGUAUUCGGUCUACGUCCAUAUCAUCCAGCGGGGGAACAGAACUGGGCCUUGCUUGAAAACAUUGCCCUUUUGGAGACAGUUUACGCAAAGAGUUCUCAACGAGAUCGUCAGCACCCAGAAGAUGAGCCCGACAAACCACGGAAAAGGCGCCGAGUGAUAGGAAGCUCGAACCGAAUACACCAAAAGCUUAUGUCGCCGGAUGCCGCGGUAAAAUUCACAGCUCUACAGCUUAUACCAUUCCUGUCCGCGUUGAAGCAUCUAUCUCUCGAGGAGGUCAAGGAGGUAUUGGUGGAUUUGUCACAGUUCAUCUCAGCGAAACAAGGCUUGGUAGCUUCGUGGGCAAUGGUUGCAUGCUCUAGCCUGGCGGCUCACGAAACGUCUCGCGACCCAUCCCUUUCUGCCAUGUGGAAGCAAGUAUGGCAAAUUGGUGUCAGAUCCCUGAGCUUACCCCCUACGAGCCGCUCUGCAUGCGUCCUUUUGGACUGGAUUCUGAAAGCGAAGCUAGUUUCUGACCAUGAACUAGCUGGCGACGUCAACCAGAUCAUCACGACUGCCGAUAUCAGCGGACCGGCGAUGCUCGUUGACUCGUCCCUUGUGCUGAUGUUGACCUUACUGCGGGUCCGCAACGCCAUGUUCCCCAAUGCCAGUCAAUCAACUUCCAGUCACGUUAUUCGAUGGGCUUUCUUGAAGUGGAAUCCAUCACAGUCCGCAUAUGCUUCACUUCAUGCCGUACAUGCAGCACCGGUAGACCUUAUCAACCUCCUGCGGGCUUGCUAUGAGAUGCCGGCUCUUUGUAUGAAUGCAUCCCUCGCUGUCUUUGGCGGCCCCGUUGCUCAGUUCCGAGCAACCCAAAAGCAGCGUCAUGCAAUGAUACGGUAUCUGUUGCUCUUGGAAGAUGAGGCCCCCCCAGAGGACUCGCACAAAGCAACAUCAACUAAUCAGCCAAAGGCGGAGGAAACCCGGGCGGUUGAUUUGUCGAGUUCCCACUCGACAAAGCGGCUGAUUCUGGAACUGCUCUUUCCAAAGCUUGAGGAACUAUCACAGAUAGUAGAAUCAUGGCACAAGCGUGGAAGCGACAGCCCGGCUCCUGUGUCUACGGAUCGCCUAGUUAGCGUCGUUUCGGCUUGUAUUGUUGGAGCAUUCGUCAUGCCCGAGCUCGUCGGUCUCAACUCUUCCAUGUCGAGGGAUCUGGAGAUAACCGUGUUUGGCAUCGUUGAGGGCAUGAUGAAGGCGAUUUCUGAGUCUCCCCAGAAUGAAUCUUUCUUCAAUCUUGUCCUUCAAGCCUCUGCGCCCUACAUCCCUACCCUGGGUGAGGCUGAGUUAACCCAUUUUAAACGCGAGCAACAAUAUGCCCUCAGGCUCUUUGCCACAAUCUCAAACAGUUUGCUGGAGAAAUCCCGGCGAGAGUCUCCCACGGAUAACGAUCCAGCGUCUAUGGAUCUCGAUGAUGAAUUCGAUUCCCAGGCAACCCACAAAAGUGCAACGGCGAGCAAAAAAUCUCUACCCAGGAGGGACAUCACACUCAAUCACACUCCCGAGGCCUUUUACCUCGACACCGGCCUUCGGCUACACCUUCUUAGGAUCAUCCGUGCGGACGACGGUGAGCUUGGCCGGGUGCCUGAUCCGAUCGUGGACCACCUCUUGGAGCUCUCCGACGAGGAUCUUCUGUCAUGCCGGCUUUUCAUGCAGGAGUUGUUCGCAUCAGAUGUUGUCACACCUGCUGAUCUCGCGAUAAGGAUGGUUGAAAGGAUCGGCGAGACAAUCAGACAUUCCUGUUGUGAAGCUGCCAUAUGUACUCUGAUUGAUAUCAUGGAGGGAUUCAUCACCAUGUGGACCGAUGAGGAGCUUGAGAUCUCGAACAUGGUGGGCGAUAUAUACUACUGGCUCGUCAAACAAGCAUUGCCCAACAAUUCGCUUUCAACUACUGCACAGAUUUGGUUUUCGAGACUUCUUUUCCGUCUGCUGGAGGUCAAGUCUAUGUUUGCCUCACAGAUUCUGAAGCUCCCUCCCACCCUAUUUACGCUUCUGACGAUCUUAAAAGACGCGCCCAUGGAUGUCAGGUUCUUCAUUGGCGUUAAUUUGCCGAGAAUCUUUGGGCUCUAUGUUCUCAAGACUCACGACGACAUAUUUGUCGAUAUCCUCAAAGUGCUUCCCGGUGAAGGAACGGAGGGAAUCGCGUUUCGUCUGUUUGCACUCGCGGAACUCGCAUGCAAAUGGCCUACAUUGCUUCGUCGGUGUACUUACCACGUGUUCGAGACCACUGGGAAGAACCAAACAUCGGUAAGCUAUGCGACAAGUAGCCUGAAGCGGAUGUCGAGGUGUCUGAAUCUCAGCAGCCCUCAAGAUUUGUUCACGCUUUUUGCCCCCCAGAUACUUUUUACUUGGACAGUGGUCGACUCCAUCAACGAGAUUCCAUACAGCAUAUUUGGGUUUUCGAACCUGGCAGAGCUCCUUUCCAAAGGCCAGUCAGAAGCUGUUGGUAUAAUGAUCAUGCGCGGCCAUGAAACGGACGCCCGCGAGCUGGCUAAAACUUUGAAGCUUAGUAUAAGAGAUUUGGUCACACAGAACUUCAGCAAGAUCAUGGCGUACAGCAUCGCACACGAUUCAAGCUCCCCAAACGAAGUGACCGGAGAAAGCCGCAUGAGGAAGAUCAUCGGAGCGGAGCCUUACAACAGCAACAUAAUCCUCAAUUUCGCCGACAUCCUGGCAAUCUUUUUCGAAACAUGCGACCAAGAGGCUCCUAUCGAGAAGUGGUUCCGCAAAGAUGCCAACUUUGCCUAUGCAGCGGACAUCAUGGAAGAAAUCAAAGCGUUCGGUCAUCUGAACACAACACUUCCACCAAACCAGCAGCCUAUGUUCAAGGCCAAGUUCCUCCAGCACCAGAUACUGCACCUCGUUAAGAGAACCAACUAUGAGCUACAUGAGAUAUGGACACCCGCUCUUGUCGUUUUCGUAGCUCGAAAGCUAUUGAACACGAUUCACCCGGCAUUAGGCCCAUUGCAUGCCUGUUCCGUGCUACGGAAGAUCCGUGUGCUUAUUUGCCUAGCAAGCAGCACUGCCCUGUAUGGCUACCCUCUGGAGAUGCUACUACAUUCUCUCCGGGCUUUCGUGGUUGAUCCAGAGUGCGCCGAUGAUGCCCUGGGAAUUACCCAAUAUCUCCUUACCAGGGGAAGGGACCACUUGGUCAAAUUUCCUUCAUUCCUUGCUGGGUAUGCUCUUUCAUGCCUAGCUGAUCUUCGGGUAUUCCUAGAGUCGAGCCAAUCGAGUACAACCCAGGAGAGCCAGUUCAAGGCGACAAAAUCAAAGGCACAGCUCUUUCACUCAUGGUUCUCCAAAUACCUGGCCAACUACAACACCAGUGCAUGGAAGGAUGAGACACAAAGGGAAGCUUUCAAGGCCAUCACUCAAUCCGCUGCUAAUAUCCGUGCCAUGGGCAACGCAGAGAAGGGCACCCACGAAAGCAAGUUGCUUUUGGAGAUUCUCAAGGAUUGGGGUCGAAAGCAUCAGCUUCUCAACGAGCCGGCUCGAUCGGUUGCUCUGUCCAUGCUCUGUGGAUCCUUCAAUGUUCCACCACCAACUCGCUUGGACGUGAUUGAAAGCGACGAAGAGGCGUUGGCCCAUGGUGCCGCUGUCUGGAUGAGUUGUAGUUCCAAGAAGCUUAGUAGCGAGUACUUGGCCUGGGCCGGACGAGUUAUCGGUCGGUCCUUUGCAGCCUCAGGCGACGUACCACCAGAGCUCUUGCGCGAAUCGCGCCUCCAGGAGUAUCGGAAGAAAUCCCCAGUAAACUUUGAUUUCAUGGAGUCCGAGGAGGCUCUUCUUAGCCUGGUUGAAGCUCUUACUGCAAGUAGCGACAACUUUAGGGCUGGGUUGGCUGAGGCUGCCCUCCGUGUAGCAGUAUCUGAUGCCAAUUAUGAGAACAAUCGUCCCUUGGUCACCGCCUACCAAAAGACUCUUUCAGAGUCGUUGCAAGGAGCAUCGGACUGGGGAGAGCUUAGCAUACCACGGUCUGAUCGCUUCGGUGUCGAACACCCCAACGAGGCCGAGAUAUUCUCUGCGGAAUUCUUGGAAAGUCCGGAUUGGGCACAGCAACUCACGACACUUUUGGCUCAGUCAGUACCCGGGAGCGUAGCACUUAGGGUACUGCCUCCCAUUUUGACAAAGGUCAAAGGCUUUGCUGAGCAAGCUUUCCCCUUCAUCGUCCAUAAUGUGCUGGAAUACGAGCUAGAUCAAACCCAAGGGAUGAAGCAGAAGCUUUCGGAAGCCUUGAAAGAAUGGCUGGCCUCCACUUCACCAGCAGCCAGAGACAACCAGAAGCUCCUGAUCAACACAAUUCUGUACCUCAGAACACAGGCAGAUCCAAAUGAGACAUCUAUAGCGGAUCGAUUGCACUGGCUCGAGGUCAACUUCUCAACCGCCGCGGCCGCUGCUACGCGAUGCGGGAUGUAUAAAGUUGCUCUCCUGUUCGCCGAGUUGGCAUCCACCGAGAUUACACGCCAGUCUCGCCGUUCGUCCGCGAUUCAGGGACUUGGGGACACGAGCGAGAUCUUGCUGGAUAUCUUUGAGAAUAUCGACGAUCCAGAUGCCUACUACGGCUUGACCCAGGACGCUUCGCUGUCGACUGUAUUGGCUCGUCUCGAGUACGAAAACGACGGAGCCAAGAGUUUAGCAUUCCGUGGAGCCCAAUAUGACAGUCAUCUGAGGCGCCGGGAUGUAGCUUCACAGCAAGACGGACAGGCGCUUAUCAAGGCGUUGAGCAGCUUGGGUCUCGCCGGCCUGUCGAACUCUCUCCUUCAGACGCAACAGAGCCUGGAUGGGUCCUCGAGGUCUCUUGAUUCCACGUUCAUCACAGCAAGGCGUUUAGAGAUGUGGAAUCUUCCUGCUCCGCCUGCGACCGGAAACUGGGCGGUAACUGUGUACAAAGCCUAUCAAAGUAUGCAUCAAGCUUCUGACAUCGACAUGGUAAGAAGCGCGGUUCACGACGGUCUUGCGAGAACACUCAAACAUCUCACGGGGAAAAGCCUUAACACAUUAACACUGCGUCACCAGCUGGGUGCUCUCGCUACGCUGGCUGAACUCGAUGAUGUGCUGAAUGUUGGAGAUCUUUCCGAGCUGAAAGGCAUCAUCAAUGACUUCCAAGCGCGGUCCAAGUGGAUGAUGAGUGGACAAUACGACGAUGUCAGUCAGAUCCUCUCGUGCCGGGAGACAACCUUGAGCAUGUGGAGUCAACACCACAACCUCCGGCCAUCGAGGUUGACGCCUGCAGAUGCUCGUCUGGUGCAAAUUCGUGGCAUGCUGGUCUCCUCUGACAUCUACCGGUUCCAUCGUGCCACACAGGAAACGCUGAACUUGUCUACCGCACUCACAGAUCUUAUAAAGCCGAGUGAACAAAUGGGGCUUACCGUCGACGCGGCAAUCCGGAUGGAGGCUGCCAACUCGCUAUGGGAUCAAGGCGAGAUGAUUUCCUCCAUCAGGAUGCUGCAGAAUAUUGACAAGGAUUCCUCACUGAAGAAACAAACUGUUCCUGUCAGCCGUUCGGAUCUCUUGUCGAAGAUCGGGUACCAGGUGUCGGUUGCCCGACUGGAGAGUCCUGACAACAUUCAGAAGAAGUAUCUCGAACCCGCACUGAAGGAGUUGAAGGGCAAGAGUGAAGGAAAGGAAGCCAGCCGGGUUUACCACCAGUUCGCCAUGUUCUGUGAUGAACAGCUCCAAAACCCAGAUGGCCUUGAGGAUCUUGCUCGCCUCCAGAAUCUCAAAAAGGGCAAGAAUGACGAGGUUACGCAGCUCAAAGCUCUUAUUGCGAGCACCCGGGAUUCGCAACUCAAAAACAAGUAUUCCUCGCACUUGUCGAAGGCAAAGCAGUGGCUUGACCUAGAUCAGCAGGAGCUUCGCCGAGUUGAACAGACUCGUUCUGAGUUUGUGAGGUUGAGUUUACAGAACUACCUGCUCUCUCUCGCAGCAUCGGAUGAGUACAAUAACGAUGCGCUACGUUUCACAGCUCUGUGGUUAGAGCGCUCAGAGGACGACAUGGUGAACGAGACUGUGAAGGGGUACCUCAGCAGAGUGCCUACUCGGAAAUUCGCACCCUUGAUCAAUCAGCUAUCAUCGCGCCUGCAAGAUCAGAAAGGGCUCUUCCAGAUCACCCUGCUAGAGCUUGUCUACAGCAUCUGCCUCGACCACCCUUAUCACGGCAUGUACCAGAUCUGGUCGGGAGCAAGAACACGGAUCAACAAGAAUGAUGAGGUUGCUUUGUCCCGACAGAAGGCGACGGACAAGAUAGCCAGAGCCAUCGUCAAGAGUGGUGUAUCAGCCGCCAAUAUCUGGCCGGCGAUUGAUGCGACAAGCAGAGUCUACCACCUGCUCGCCAUGGAGCGCGAUGCUAGCAGACACAAGUCAGGUCACAAGAUGGCCAUCAAGGACUCAGAAGCAGGCUCGCAAUUUCUCGCCACGCUUGCCAAGUUCCCGAUCCCGCCGCCGACCAUGCAGAUGCCUCUGCUGGCGAGUUGCGACUACUCAAACGUGCCCAUGAUCAUCAAGUUCGAACCGCAAAUGUCCAUCGCCUCGGGCGUUUCCGCGCCCAAGAUCAUCACAGCCAUCGGCAGCGACGGCCAGCGGUACAAGCAGCUCGUAAAAGGCGGCAACGACGACCUCCGCCAGGACGCCAUCAUGGAGCAAGUCUUCGCCGCCGUCUCGGAGCUGCUCAAGCACCACCGCACCACGCGCCAGCGCAACCUCGGCAUCCGGACCUACAAGGUCCUCCCGCUCACCUUGUCCUCGGGCAUAAUCGAGUUCGUCUCCGACACCAUCCCCCUGCACGAAUACCUCAUGCCCGCCCACGAAACCUACUACCCAAGGGACCUCAAAGGCUCGCACUGCCGGAAAGAAAUCAUGAACGCCCAGUCCAAAUCCGUCGACACCCGGCUCGCCGUCUACCGCAAGGUCACCGAAAAGUUCCACCCCGUGAUGCGCUACUUCUUCAUGGAAUGGUUCCCGGACCCGGACGAGUGGUUCGCCCGCCGGACCGCCUACACGCGCACCACGGCCGCCAUCUCCAUGCUCGGCCACGUGCUUGGGUUAGGCGACCGACACGGCCACAACAUUUUGCUCGACACCAAGACGGGCGAGGUGGUGCACAUCGACUUGGGCAUCGCCUUCGAGAUGGGUCGCGUCUUACCGGUGCCCGAACUGGUGCCCUUCCGUCUGACGCGCGACAUCGUCGACGGAAUGGGCAUCACCAAAACCGAGGGCGUGUUCCGCCGGUGCUGCGAGUUCACGCUGGACGCGCUGCGCGAGGAGACGUACAGCAUCAUGACUAUUCUGGACGUGUUGAGGUAUGAUCCGCUUUAUAGCUGGUCGAUGAGUCCCGUGCGGAUGGCGAGGUUGCAGAAUGCGAAUGCGAGAGGGAAUGAGGUGGAUGAUGAUCAGGCGCAGGAGGAGGAUCAGAAUCAGAAUCGUGCUGGUGGUGGUGGUGGUGGAAACAACAAGAAGUCGACGACGAACAACCUCAAUGAGCCUAGUGAGGCGGAUCGGGCGUUGGAGGUGGUUCGGAAGAAGUUGAGUAAGACGCUGAGUGUGAUGGCUACGGUGAAUGAUUUGAUUAAUCAGGCGACUGAUGAGAGGAAUUUGGCCGUGUUGUAUUGUGGUUGGGCUGCUUAUGCUUGAGGAGGAGAGCAUCAAAGGAAAAGCUGUACGAAAGAGGUACUCACUCGUCUGGGUUGAAAGAGUAAGGGGAAGUCUACAUAAAUAUCUGUGGGUUUAUGUCUAUAGAUGU